AUGUCGACUCCAAACCCUGAGUACCUGCGCUUGACAGGCCAUAAAUCCUUUACCCACCGCCUCAUCCUCUCCACGCUGACUGGCCGACCCGUCCACAUCUCUGGCAUCCGCAGCUCGUCUCCCACCGCACCCGGGCUUGCCCCUCAUGAAGUCUCCUUCCUGCGACUCCUCGAGGCUGUCACCAACGGCAGCUCCAUGCAAAUCUCCUACACCGGCACAACAAUAACAUAUCACCCUGGUCUGAUCACCGGCACUGUGGCCGGAGCAGGCGCGGCCUCAGACGAUGUCAUCGAGCAUGUGUUGCCCCCGAAUUGCUCCCGGGGCGUCACCUACUUCCUGCUACCACUGGCCCUUCUCGCACCCUUUUCAAAAGCACACAUGAAUGUUCGCUUCUCAGGGCCGGGCGUCAUCACUUCCGCCACCAACACCGGCGACAUGUCUGUCGACUCCUUCCGUACUGCCAUCCUCCCACUUUACGCCCUUUUCGGCAUUCCUCCUGCGCGCAUCGAGCUGCGCGUAUUACAAAGAUCCUGUCCCGGGCCCAGGGGCACCGGCGGCGGCGGAUCGGUCGAGCUGCGCUUUGCAAGCCAGGUGCGCCUGCCGAAGACUCUACAUCUCAACAGGUCGCCCGGGCGGAUACGGAGGAUCCGUGGUGUCGCAUACUGCACAGGUGUUUCAGCGAGCAACAACGCACGUAUGAUUCACGAGGCGAGGAGGAUACUGAAUCCAUUGGUGUCGGAUAUACAUAUUGCCGCGCAGUACGACCCUGCGCCACUGGUGCCCGACAAGAACGCUCCAGGGAAGGGGAAGAAGAAGCUGGGUAUAGGUUUUGGGCUGAGCCUGGUGGCCGAGUCCAGCGUGCCUGGUGUGCUGUACUCUGCGGAUGUGGUAGCACCGCCGGAGGGCGGCGUGGUCCCUGAGGACAUUGGCACACGGUGCGCAUAUCAGCUGGCCGAGACAAUACAACAAGGAGGGUGUGUGGCCUGGUCGGCAUCCAGGACGAUUCUCACGCUGAUGGCUAUGGGGUCCGAAGACGUUGGGCGGUUAAGAUUGAGCAAGGACACUGUGGGUACCGAGGAGGUGUUGCAACUGGCCAGGGACCUGAGGAGUUUUGGCGGAGCAAGCUGGGGACUACGACCUGUGGAUGACGACGAUUCCGAUGACAUAUUGGUAUCUGUGAAAGGCUCUGGCGUUGGCAACGUGGGCAGGAAAAUCGCUUAA